AUGUCUGUUCUCCUCAUUGGUGGUACCGGCAAGACUGCACUGCGCGUGGCUGCCUUGCUGUCAGAAUCCAACAGGGCUUUCCUCUUGGCCUCGCGGAGGGGCCCUGAUGCUGCACCAAGUCAAUACCCUGCCAUUAAGUUUGAUUGGACAGUUGAGUCGACCUGGGGUAGAGCUUUUGAGAUUGGGCCAGUAGAAUCUGUCUACCUGAUGGAACCCCAGGUCGCUCAGCCUUGGGUGCCCAUGAUCAAGUUUGUUGAUUUUGCCAGGCAAAAGGGCGUCAAGCGGUUUGUUCUGUGUGCCGGAACCUCUACAGCUAUUGGCAAGGACGGUAUGGGCAGAGUGUGGGAGCAUUUUAUCCAGACAGGCGUGGAUUACUGUGUGCUCCGCCCAUCUUGGUUUAUGGAGAACCUUAUCGAGCCUGGACCUGUGCACACAAUUACCAAGCUUGAUACCAUUUUCACUGCUACACAAGAUGGGCAGAUCCCCUUUAUCAGCGCUGAUGAUAUUGCCAACGUGGCUUACCAUGCCUUGACGGAUGCAAAACCGCAGAACCGAGAUGUCAGAGUUCUUGGACCUGAGAUUCUGACAUACGACAAGAUUGCCGCCACUCUAUCGGAGAUUCUUGGUCGCAGAAUCGAGCAUGUGAAGCUCGACAAGGCACGUCGGAUUGACGGGUUGGCCAAGGCUGGUGUUUCGGAUUACUACGCUCAAUUUCUUGCCAACCUAGAGGUACUCGCCUCGGAGGACUUUGAAAAAGCCACAGGUACUGAUGUACAGGACCUGACUGGCCGCCCUCCCAAGAGUUUCAGAGAGUUUGCUGAAGAGAAUAAGGGUAUCUGGGCACCAGCAACGUGA